AUGGAUAUGAUUACCCCCGAAGAUAGGAGCUCAAGCUCAUUUCAGGCAAAUCUUCACUACUUGAAGCGCCUAGACCUUUACCGCCGUGAAAAGCCAUUCAUGAUUACCUUUGACGUGUCGGGGUUCAAAGAUGGAACGAAAACGAACCACGAAUAUGGCGAGUAUACAGCGCUGAUGACUGACGCGCGUGGAGAGAAAGGAAGAUUCCUUUUGGAUACUCAUGGGUUUGAAUUUAGAAAUUGGCCUACCGCGCUCUCCCCAGUGGACUUUGAUGAUGAUGGGGCAAUUCUCGAUUAUUAUGUCCCAGAGGUCAUGAAGGAAAUGCGCGAUGCAUUUCCUCAAGCUAUGGAGAUUCAUUUUCUUACCCAUUUGCGACGCAAGCGAUGCGAGGACUUCCCUAAUACGUUCCAAGAAGAACCAGCUUUUGCAAAUCCGGUUCUAUACGCACACACAGAUUUCACACCUGACGGUGCAGCCCGUCAGCUCGAGUCGUUAUUUAAAGAUUCCGAGCAUCUUCGCGGGAAGCGGUUUGAGAUGCUGAAGUAA